AAAUCAGUACCAGUUUUGUGAGUCGAUUCCUUAUACGUUGGAUACAACUUUUAGUCUCCUUAACUUAAAUGGAAACCUAACAAAAUCAAAUUGUUAUCCAUUGCAGAUAAAUCAUUAUUGCUAUUCAAUAAUUUUAGAUCUCCCAAAGUGAAUUUUGACAUUUUUCGGCUUAUUCAAUGAAUGUCAUUGAUGAACGAUAAUACGCAAAAUUUAAUUCUUUAGUGACGUUGAAUGAAUUAAAUGACUUCACGCAAAACAGGAUUUGGAGAAAGAAUGAAGAUCGUUAGAUUGAAAUGGAGACCAGCAUUUUUUAUAGCCUUUCCUGUAUCAUGCAUUAUUCUAUAUCUAGGUUGUUAAAAUUCGAAAUAAUAUAUUUCAAUCAUAUUUAAUACCCGCCAAAAAUUUCAGUUUAUUCUUAUACAAUAUCAUAUUCUUCAAAUUGCAAGAAAGUUCUUCCAUCGGAAAAGAUAAUGAAAGACGAUAUUCUUUACUACUGCAACUUUCCAACAGAAAUAGGCAAUGGAGAAGAAGGCUCAAUUAGUUCCAAGUAUAAACUAACAAAAGUAUUUACUAUUAUUAGACAUGGUGAUAGGUUUCCAAUUCACUCAAUUCCAAAUCAUAAAUACUUGACUGAGUCUUGCAAAGCUCAAGAUAAUGUUCAACUUAAAAAGAAGCUACCGUCUUUUAAAAAUUAUACAGAAUCAAUGAAUAAACAAGUCAAAUUGAAUUUAAGGAAUAAAGGAGAUAGUUUUAAACCUUUCCCAAUUUUCCCCAAUGAUGAAUUUUGCGGUCAAGCUUUCCUCACUCCAGAAGGCGCAGCUCAACAUGUAGAAAUAGGUAAAUUAUUAAAUGAAAGAUACAUAAAAAAUCACAAACUAUUGGACGAUCAAUACGACAACAAAGUCUAUGCUGGAAAUAACAGCUUAUGCCACCAGAAAUCCAAUCAUCCAUGUGCAUGUAAACCUUUAAAAGAAGAAGCCAUUAUGAACUUAAUGGCAUCUGGUGUUAACCAGCCUGCUAACUCUUAUAAACAUCCGAAAUUAUACUCUGUUUAUAAACACAUGUCCAAUGUAUUUGACGUCGAUGCUUCAAAUUUACCACCUGCCCGACAAAUAAUGGAUACUGCAAUGGUUCAAGCUUGUCACAAUGAAUUUCUGCCCUCGUACAAAAGAGACUGCAUAAAUCCUGUCGAGUUUAGGAAGCUUGUUAACUUUGUUAAUUCUCAUGGAAAGACUAAAGUCAACACGAAUUUUUGGAAAGUUGUAUCAUAUUUAAAAAUGAUUCCACUUUUAUACGAAAUAGCGUCCAACAUGAAAGAAAAGACUAUUGAAAAAUUUUUCCUUUACUCUGGACACGAUUCCACUAUAGAUCCUCUAUUGACGCUUUUAGGGGUUAAUACGGGUAUAUGGCCUCCGUACGCCUCUAGGAUCAUCUUCGAACAGUACGAAUAUAAUGAAAGGAACUACUUUAGAGUUUUGUAUAAUGGAAAGGAUGUAACAAGAAAAAUUGGCUUUUGUAAAGGAAAACCUUUAGAAAAUGAUAAAUUAUGUUCAUUAGAAACUUUAUGGCAAUUUGUCAAUUUUCAAUAUUUAAAAGAAUUGAAAUGCAAAAGCUAUCGAGCUGCCUGUAGUAUAUUUAGCUUUAAAGAUAAUUCUCUAUUCAGAAAUUUUACCUAA